AUGGUCUUGGCCCGACUCGUGCGACGCUCGGCAAUCGCCGUGGUACCGCUCUUCCACGCGACGCGCCGCCCGGCGCUGAUACCUGCGCGCGCCUUCUCGUCCAAGCUCCACGUGCCCGUGACGUCGACGCCCGGCCGGGCGCACUUUGCCGACACCGAGUCCAACAUUGCUGGCAUGCAGCAAAAGGUCCGCGAGUUCUACACCCAAGGCGACUUUGAGGCGGCGCUGGACAUGGCGCUCCUCUGCCGGGAUACGGUCAAGGACCACUUUGGCACCGACCACCCGGUGUACGCGAGCACGCUCAACAACAUUGCGCUCAUGCAGAAGAACCUGAGCCAGCUCACGGACGCGAUCGCGACGUACGAAGAGGCCCUCCGCGUCUACAAGGAGUGCGUCGGCGAAGGCCAUGCGUCGUUCGCGACGACCUUGCACAACCUCGGCGGCGUCUACCGCCUCCAGUCGCAUGUGCUUUCGGGCAUGCAAAAGGUCGAGGCCCUCGACAACGCGCUCGACUGCUUCCAAGAAUCGCUGCGUAUUCGCAAGGAAAACCUCGCGAACGACCACCCGGACAUUGCGAUUGGCAUGUCCAACGUGGGCAUGCUGCUGUGGCACACGCACAAGAAGGAGAAGGGCGAAGAGAUGGUCGUCGAGGCCAUGGAGCGGCUACAAGCCAAGCUCGGGCGCGACUCGACGCUGACGGCGCUUGCAAUGAACAACGUUGGCAUCGUCUACAAGGAGCUCGGGAAGCUCGACGAGGCCAUUGCACUCUUCCAAGCCACGACCGAGAUCCGCGAGGCCAAGCUGGGCUUGGAGCACAUGGAAACGAUCACGGCCAUGCACAACUGGGCCGAGGCGCUCCGGGCUGCGGGUCGCGACGACGAAGCGGCGGUGCUCCAGACGCAGAUCCUUGCGGUCGUCGGCCCCAUGGACGAGGACGAGGACAGCAGUCAGCCAAAGUAA